AUGUUCAGCAUGGGAUUGUUGUUCGAUUAUCUGCAUUUUGGAAGUUUUUAUGGCACUCUGUUCUCGCUGGGGGCCUAUCUGUUGCCGAACAUGUUUGCGAUUAUGUCUCUUGCCCAAUACUAUGCUGGUGCUGUACUGAUAUACAAGUUGCAGAAGAAAAUUAACCUAAUGCUUGGUUCGGGUAAUGUAAACCUAGAACAGACGAAGCAUCUUUACCUUCAGCUUGAUGAUUGUGUUCGACUCAUCACCCGUUCAUACGCACUGCUGAUAGUAACUAAUGUUUUCGGCAGUAUAAAUGUAACUAGUUUACAGCUGCUGGAAAUCUACCAGUACGUGCAGGCAAAUGAUUCGAAUAUUAUCUAUAUGGCUUACAACGUUCUUUGGAUUUUGCUACAAUUAUGCAUGCUGUUGAUGGUGCUGUGUCCUAGCGAAAGGAUCAAGCAGGAGAACGAGUCUUCGGUGUUGGUAGAAGAUCAGCAAUUGACUCGCCUCAGAAUGCUAACGCUGGGCCAGAAGAAGAUCGUACCUACAGCUUGUGGGAUUCUCAAGCUAGAACUAUCUUCACUAUCCUCGAUCUUUGUCGCACUGCUCUCGUUCAUGAUCAUACUGAUACAGUUCGAUUCCGCCAAGCUUAACAAACACAACGGAGCAGUUACGGCGCUGGACAGUAUCUAUAACUCCAAAGGUUGA